CCCUGCCCAGUCACCAGAGCCAGCCCUGCCUGCUGUUUCCUGAACUAAGUGCUUCUGCCCACCCAGAGCAACUGAUUCUAAGGCCUGACUCUAGCAAUGGCCUUCGCAAAUCUGCGCAAAGUACUCAUCAGUGACAGCCUGGACCCCUGCUGCCGGAAGAUCCUGCAAGAUGGAGGGCUGCAGGUGGUGGAGAAGCAGAACUUGAGCAAGGAGGAGCUGAUAGCUGAACUCCAGGACUGUGAAGGCCUCAUUGUCCGUUCAGCUACUAAGGUCACUGCUGAUGUCAUCAAUGCAGCAGAGAAGCUCCAGGUGGUGGGCAGGGCUGGCACAGGCGUGGACAAUGUGGAUCUGGAGGCUGCCACGAGGAAGGGCAUCCUAGUCAUGAACACCCCCAACGGGAACAGCCUCAGUGCUGCGGAGCUCACCUGUGGGAUGAUCAUGUGCCUGGCCAGGCAGAUUCCCCAGGCAACGGCUUCGAUGAAAGAUGGCAAAUGGGACCGGAAGAAGUUCAUGGGGACAGAACUGAAUGGGAAGACACUGGGAAUUCUUGGCCUUGGCAGAAUAGGAAGAGAAGUGGCCACCCGAAUGCAGUCCUUUGGAAUGAAGACUGUAGGCUAUGAUCCCAUCAUCUCUCCUGAAGUCGCGGCCUCCUUUGGUGUUCAGCAGCUACGGCUGGAGGAGAUCUGGCCUCUCUGUGACUUCAUAACUGUCCAUACCCCACUCCUGCCCUCCACCACAGGCUUGCUGAAUGACAGCACCUUUGCUCAGUGCAAGAAAGGCGUGCGAGUGGUGAACUGUGCUCGAGGAGGCAUUGUGGAUGAAGGUGCCCUGCUGCGUGCCCUGCAGUCUGGUCAGUGUGCUGGGGCUGCACUGGAUGUGUUUACAGAAGAGCCACCACGGGACCGGGCCUUAGUGGACCACGAGAAUGUCAUCAGCUGUCCCCACCUGGGUGCCAGCACCAAGGAAGCCCAGAGCCGCUGUGGGGAGGAAAUCGCAGUCCAGUUUGUGGACAUGGUGAAGGGGAAAUCUCUAACAGGCGUCGUGAACGCCCAGGCCCUCACCAGUGCCUUCUCUCCACACACCAAGCCUUGGAUUGGUCUGGCAGAAGCAUUGGGCACGCUGAUGCACUCCUGGGCUGGCUCCCCUAAAGGGACCAUCCAGGUGGUUACACAAGGAACAUCUCUGAAGAAUGCUGGGACCUGCCUGAGCCCUGCAGUCAUUGUCGGCCUUCUGAGAGAAGCAUCUAAGCAGGCAGACGUGAACUUGGUGAACGCUAAGCUACUGGUGAAAGAGGCUGGCCUCAAUUGCCAGGAUUAUAGGCACAUGCCCCUUGGCCUCACUCCACCCCACAUCUUAGAAGCCUGUUCACAGUUUCACUUGGGUUUGCUUCUUGCCAUCCACCCUGCCUACUGA